GCUACGUUAAAAGCGCUUUGAAAACCAAAGAAAAUGUCCGAAUUUAUGACAGACGGCACGCUUGCUUCUUCUGUGGGGCAUUAUGCUCAAAAAUUGGAAGACAUUUGUUGACGAAACACAAAGAAGAAGACGACGUUGUUAAGGCCUUGUCGCAUAAAAAGAACUCCUCUGAAAGAAAAAAGAAUUUGACGAAGCUUCGUUUAAAAGGUGACUAUCACCACAAUAUGAAGAUUUUGGAAAUUGGUGGUGGUGAGCUUAUUGUUGUUCGACGACCGGCUGAAGACGAGACUUGUACUAUCGACGACUUCCUUCCAUGUGAGUUUUGCCUGGGUUUUAUGAAAAGAAGGGACCUGUGGAAACACCAGUUGGCUUGCGAGUUUAAUCCAAAGCCUGAAAACAAGCACGGCAAUCAGCAAGUCCAACUGAAGGCAAAACUCACAUUAGCUCCUACGAUAACUGGCAGCGAGGACGAAAACUUGAACAGAAUAAUUUCUGUUAUGAAAAAUGAUCCCAUUACCAAAAUUGUUCAGAAAGACCCACUAAUCAAGGCAUUUGGAUUAGCCAUGAUUGAAAAGAGCGGACCAAAAGACGGCCAGUUUAUUUCCCAGAAAAUGAGAGAGCUUGGUCGUUUGGUAGAAGGCUUGAUGUCGGUUGAAGAAAAUAAAAAAGUCCAGUUGUCUGACUUCAUCAAACCCGAGAAGUUCGAUACUGUCGUCACAGCCGUACGCAAUAUCGCUGGAUUUAAUUCUGAAAAUAAUAAGCUCGAAGUGAGCAUUCCAUCGCUUGCAUUAAAAGUGGGUUACUCCAUACAAAAAUGUGCCUCGAUUUUAAGUGGCCAAGCUUUGCGUACGAAGGAUGAUCUUGCAUUGAAAGAUACUAAAAACUUCCAAAAACUGAUGAAGUCAGAAUGGGAUGGUCGUGUUUCUCAUCAUUCAUUAGCUACCCUGCAUGAAAGAAAAUUUAACAAAGUUGAUGUGCCUCCUCUUGCCGAAGAUGUUACUAAUUUAAAGAAAUUCAUUGAGCAGAAAAUCGAAGACGAGUCAAAAAAUUUGAAGGCGAGCCCAACCGUGAAAAGCUGGACCUCGCUGGCCAAACUGCUGUUGGCAAGGAUUGUGUUGCUAAACAAAAGAAGGGCAGGUGAAGCGUCGAAGUUGCUGCUCACGUCCUACAACAGCAGACCAGAUUGGACACAGUCAGCGAGCAUGGAAAUCCUGGACAGUUUAAGCCCUUGGGAACGAGAGCUAUCAGCGCGGUAAGAAAAUGAAUAUUUCAUGAAUAGUUUUUUAUGGUUGGGAAUCUCGAAAUAAAUGAAAGCGCCAUGCAUGUCCAAACCAAAUUCUAUCAAGAACUUUUAAUUCACACGUCUACUAUACUACUAGUGAACUACCAUUUAGUCAACUCGAUAUAUAAUGACGAAUUUAAUUUGAUUUUUUAUGUAUUAUUUAAAACAUAAGCAGCAGAGUUUUAUCAGAUGUAACAAUACGCACUGCGAUACGAAAUAUUAAUCACACACGUAAUAUUGAUGACUUGAAAAUACGUCUUUCCAAUAAAUAAAUUUUUUAAAUAUAACUAACGUGAGUCGAAGAAUAUAAACACAACAGCAAAAGUUUAAUAUUAUAUACCACCAAUUGAAACAGUACGCGAGUAGAUAUAUCAAAGCUGUAACGCUACAAAUUACAGUCAUUUGAGCCAAUGUACAAUAUAUAAAAUAUAUAGUUCAGCUUAAGGUUCUGACAGCAGGGGCGUGGCGAACGAUUCCAGAUUGGGGGGAAGGGCGUCAUACCAUAAUGACCAGCUUUUUCAAUGAAAAUGACCAACUUUUUCGUGUUGUUUAUCUGACACAUUUCUAUAAAUACAACUGUAAUCUCGCCCCUUAGAAAUAUUGUCAUUUGACCCUAGAAACGGUCAAUUUUGAACAGCCCAACAUGCUUUGCGAACGCACGUUGUUUCACAAUCAAACGGAAUCGGCUGUAUUUCCCAAUAGCAUCUCAAUAAAAAUUGAAAAUUAUGGAACUUACCCGUAUGCACAUUACAAAACCAAUGCACUGAAUCAAUACUUCAUGAAACGAAUCAUAUAGAAUUAUCGCAAAAUUUGACCCUUCAGCUCCAAUGGUCAGUGGCCUGAAAAUUGCUGUACUUAGCUUCAUUGCAGUAUAUACGUAAUUGUAAUCGGCGUUAUUAAUUUUUGUAAAGAUUUAAAAUUAUUUUACAGCUGUCAGUAGUAUUUCCUCAAUAUAUUUCGCCACAAAAUAUAACAUUUCCUUUAAUAUUUAAAUAAUUCCUUUGACCAAGAAAAAAUUUUGACCAACUUUUCAAAGUUCAGAAUUAUUAGGCGUCGCACCUCUUGUCUGACAGUGACAGUGGCAGUGACAGUGAAGAGGUGGAAUGAUGUUUUUGUUUUGAGGUUCAAUAUGAUGUAUUUUGAGUUAAAAGAGUUCCUGUUAUAUAAACAAAUCAAGGUCUUUUUAAUUAACGAUAACUAAAUUUUGCAUGCUUGAAAUUAACGACAACAUAAAUUAACAUUAAUUAGGUUAACGCGAAUUUUUAUAAUCCGCGUUAAUGAAGUGCAUCGCUAAUUUCCCAUAAUAAGGGUAUAUUACUAUAUUACUAUUACUAUACCACCACCACUACUAUACAACUCUUAUUGUUACUCAGCCACACUUUUCGCGCUGUGACGAUUAGACGCGCCGUCGGUAGUGGUAGCAAAACUAAAAUCUACAUGUAAGUCUCACCAAUAUCGAAAUGAGGUCAUAGCGAUUUUUAUAUUUUCUAGGCUUGACAUGGUUGAGAUAAGAGGAAAGAAAGGACGGAAAGUUGCAGUAAUCCUUACUCCUGAAAUGAAAGCAGGUAUAUCAACCUUAUAAGUUAUUUGUAGGAUUGAGAAUAGUAUAAUAAUAAACAUAUAAUACUUUUUGUUUGUGGAAACACCACGUAAAUUUAUUGUCUGCAAAUAAAAAUUAAAUUAACGUAAAUUUAUUAGGUAUCGACCUGUUGAAUUCUUUGCGAUCGACCAUUGGGGUAGCGGAAAAGAAUCCAUACGUUUUCGCCAGAGCCAACCGCGAUUCGCUUGAAUCUUUAAGAGGACCGGAUUGCCUUAGAAGUUGUACUAUAGAAUGCGUCCCAAAAUUGAAAAAUCCCAAAAAUAUCACGGGUACAGGGCUCAGAAAGUAUAUAGCAACAAUCAGUCAAGUUCUCUCGCUGAAAGAACAAGAGAUCGACUGGCUUGCAAGACACCUUGGACAUGACAUUAGGACCCACCGGGAGUAUUAUCGCUUGCAUGAGUCUACAAUAGAACUAGCUAAAGUCAGCAAACUACUUUUGGCUGUGGACUGCGGAAAGGCAGGAUCGCUAAAGGGCAAAAGUCUGGACGAAAUUGAUAUCGAAGGUGGGUUAAGACUGAAAGUAUACUUAUGUCUUGAAAUCAAAGAUAAUCUAGUCUAUAUACUGCGAUUCCUAAUUCCAAAUUUUAAUCAAUGGAAUUGCAUGAGACAUCUCUAUUAUCCACAACAACCAUAAUUUCAACGAGACAAAAUGGCCAUAUGCCACACGCAGGAUAUAACCAGUGCCAGUGGACAUAACAAGUCAAAUUUUGACACAUCAAUGUUUCAGUUUCACACAGAAAGAUUUCUUUUAAAUUUCAAGAAGAUUAAUAAAGAACGAAGUGACCAUGCACAAAUCCUGUCAAAUAGCAGAAAAUCAAAACUUGGUUCACAUAUAUAGUUGUAACCAUAUAUUGUAAUGCAUUUUCCGCCGGAUUUCCAAGGCGACCGAUGUAAUAGAGUUUCGAUAAAAUGUCUGAAAACAAGGCAGAGAAAGAGUGAUUUUACAUAUAACAGAUACAAGAGAAGAAAGAUUCUGACUAUUAAAGGAUACAGCAAUAUAUUUUUUAUUAUUUCAUUUUAAAGAACUUUUAAAAUUAUACGUAAAUCUUUUUACCGAUUUUGUUAUUUUAUUAAAAAUAAAUUGCCGUAUCCCUUUAAGCGUCGGCAACGGUGACAAUUGGCAAUUGACCUAAAACAAGUGCAUCUAUAAGCGUGAUGCAGAUUGUUUUUUAAGGAAAACUUGCUGUUAUCCUUAUUAGGCCGGACCAUUUAUAUGAGACAAAAUAAAGUCGCAAUUUACAUAAGACGCGACUUAUAUUUGCAAAUUUCUUUUAUAAGCGUCCAAUCAAAUAAUGCUAUUAAAACGCCACAAAUUACUCAAAUUAUUUUUCUAGAUAUUUCUGAGCCAGAUCUCAGUGAAGACGAAGAAGAUGAAAACAAUGAAGAAUUUGAUAAAUCCAAAGCUGUCGCAGGUUAUUAUUAUUACCAUUACCAUUACCGUUACUGUUGCCGUUGCUGUUGUUACUGUUAUUUUGUUGUUGUUAUAGUGUUGUUGUCAUUAUUACUCCUGUUCUUACUGUUGUCGUUGUUGUUAUGUUUUCGAUGUUUUUGUUGGUUGUUGUUACUGUUACUGUUAUUAUUACAAUUACUGUUGUUGUUACUGUUACUGUUACUGUUACUGUUGCUGUUGCUGUCGUUACUGUUGUUUUGUUGAUGUUAUAGUGUUGUUGUCAUUAUUACUCUUGUUGUUACUGUUGUCGUUGUUAUGUUUCCGAUGUUUUUGUUGGUUGUUGUUACUGUUAUUAUUACUGUUACUAUUGUUGUUAAUGUUACCAUGGAUUGUAAAAUAACUGGAUAGGAAACUGUAGUCACAUGGCAUAUUUCCGUUCCGCUGAUUGGCUGAAAGUCCUUUGUUCUUGCUCGAGAGAUGUUGAAACCUAGUUGAAAAUCGGCCAUACAAUGGCAAAUGAUGGCGAAGUAUUGUUGAUUUUCCUAUGCUUUUAACUGAGAUUUUUUACCUUUUCAUGUUUUUUUUUACAAUGUGUUUGUUCUUGUUUUUUGAUAUUUUAUACUGAUCUAUGGACAAAAUAAACUAGCCUAAGCCACACAACAACUCUUAGGCAAGUGUUCAUCUUUAUUGUUUACAUUAUUGUCAGUUUACAACAGAAGUAAUUGCGUCGCCAAUAGCAGCCUAUUUCUUCCGUAUUUUGCGAAAAUUGCGACGCAAAUUUCGAAUAAUUAAUCACUGUAUUUUUACCCAUCGCAUACUUCAACAAGUACAUUUAUUCUUUUAUGUUACUGUUGUUGUUACUGUCAGUGUUGUUGUUACUGUUGUUGUUGUUGUUAUUGUUACUGCUGUUACUGUUCUUGUUACUGCCAGUGUUGUUGUUGUUGUUGUUAUUUUACUGAUGUUACUGUAAUUGUUACUGUCAGUGUUAUUGCUAAAGUUACUGUUGUUGCUGUUAUUGUUACUGUUGUUGCUGUUGUUGUUACUGUUGUUGUUAAUUGUUACUAUUGUUACUGUUGUUACUGUUACUGCUGUUACUGUUGUUGUUACUGUCAGUGUUGUUGUUACUGUUGUUGUUGUUAUUGUUACUACUGUUACUGUUGUUGUUGUUAGUGGUACUGUUGUUACUGUUGUUGUUACUGUCAGUGUUGUUGUUACUGACGUUGUUGUUGUUUCUGCUGUUACUGCUGUUCCUACUGUCAGUAUUGUUUUUACUGUUGCUGUUGUUGUUAUUGUUACUACUGUUACUGUUGUUGUUACUGUAACUGUUGUUGUUACUGUCAGUGUUGCUGUCAGUGUUGCUGUUACUGUUGUUGUUGUUGUUAUUGUUACUGCUGUUACUGUUGUUGUUACUGUUGUUGUUGUUGUUACAGUUGUUGUUGUUGCUGUUACUGUUGUUGCUGCUGUUGUUGUUGUUGUUAGUGUUGUUGUUGUUGUUACCGUUGUUGUUGUUACAGUUGUUGUUGUUGCUGUUGUUGCUGUUACGGUUGUUGCUGUUGUUGUUGUUACUGAUGUUGUUGUUGUUACUAUUGUUGUUGUUACUGUUGUUGUUACUGUUGUUGUUGUUACUGUUAUUGUUGUUGCUACCCUGUUACCCUUGUUGCAUAUUCACUCACAUAUUGUUAGAUGUGCAAUUCCUUUGGUGCGUGUCUCGUGCAGUUCAACACUUAAGCCCUCGGCGAACAAGGAAACAUUGUUGUGGAAACAUUGUUUCCCGCUAAUGUUUCGCCGUCUUUCCCAAAGUUUUCAAACAUUAGAAAACAUUAGUGAAGAACAGGAAAACAUCAAAUGUUUCUGAAUUUGGUUGGAAACAUUUGAUAGGAAAGAAAAAAUAAAAGUAGCAGAUUAUAAUUGGUAGAAAUGAACAACUCCAUUUUAAAAACUAUGGCACUAGCGUUCUUUCUAAAAAAAGAAAUGUAAUAGGCAUGUCCGUCAAAAAUAUACUAUAUGCAAAUCUCCACAUAUUUUCUGAUGUGUCGAAGCUCUCGUUGUUCUUCCUAAGCCAAGCAAUACAAUCACAAUUAUUUUAAUAAAUUUAUUCUGUACAAGUGUUAUCAUUUACGGCAUUUUUUUUCAUAUUAAUGCACACUUUUUAACUGCAGUUUCCAAAACGAAGAAGUCAGGUUAUCGGAGGGAUAGCGAGUUAGACCAAGACAAAUCCCAAGGUAAAUAUUUCACAAUGCGUUUUUAAUGUUUAACUAUUUUCGAAAAUUUAACCGAGAUCGAAAAAAAAUGAAAUUAACAACAACACGCCUGCUCAAAGUUCACACUGAUCUGAAAAUGCCGCCCCUUCGGUGCUAUCUACAAACAUCCAUCGACAAACUAGUGUAUGAAGACAGCAAUUAAGGGUCUUAAAUCUUCCACCCCUAAUCUUAAUAAUGAAUUUCUUUCUGUCAUAGUGACAAAGUCAAAGAAACAAAGAACGUCCAACCAAAGCGACAAAGACUGGUCAACUG